AUGAAACCUCCAACUCACGAUGUGUCUUUCAGCGCUCCAGAGCAUAUCGAUGACCAACCCACGAAUACUGAGUCGCCGCUCACGUCUCAAAGCAGAGGUUGGCGUUUUUGGGUUGUGUUGAUAGCUCUUGGAAUUACUUCCCUCUCGGCGGCUGUGGAAAGUACGGUAACAUCAACCGCGUUACCACGUAUCGCCGGCGCCCUCGAUGCAGGCGAGCUAUAUGUGUGGUUUGUAAACGCGUACACCCUGACGAGCACCGCUUUCUUGCCUCUGUUCGGCCAGAUCGCUGAUAUAUUCGGCCGUCGCUGGCUCACCAUCGGCAUAGUGGCCGUCUUCGCGCUUGGCAGUGGCAUCAGCGGCGGUGCCACUUCAGCAACGAUGCUCAUCGCCGGACGUGCUGUUCAAGGAGUGGGCGGAGGAGGAAUCAUCCUGAUGAUCGAGAUGAUUGUUUGUGACCUCGUAUCCUUACGUGAUCGCGGACGCUUUACAGCUGUUAUAAUGGGGUUGUUUGGAAUAGUCUCGAUCUUGCUCCCUCUUAUACUCGGCUUCGCCGGCCUAGGACUUUUCGUAUUAUACGAAUCAUCGCGGUGGUGUGCUGAGCCUAUGACUCCCCCUCGCCUUUUUCAGAAUCGUACCUCGGCGACCGCAUUUUAUCUCACAUUUAUACACUCCUUGCUAUCUUUUUGGUCUGGUGUUCUUUUGCUUCCCACUGCCGUCGUUAUUAUACCUGGAGGCAUAAUUGGUGGCUUCGUCAUCGAUGCUGCUCUCUAUGUAUGCCUUCAACUCGUCACAGGGCUUGGAUCCGGUCUCGUACUAGGUGCGUUGUUGCCGGCAGUUCAAGCUGCGCUUACGGAGAAGGACACUGCAUCAUCCACGGCAACUUGGACCUUUAUCCGUACUUUUGGCACGAUAUGGGGCGUCUCCGUCCCUGCUGCAAUUUUCAACAGCCGUUCCAAUGAUCUGUCGAACCGCAUCGAAGACCCAUCAGCGAGAGCACUCGUUGCUAACGGACAGGCAUAUUCCCACGCUACCAGCGCCGUAUUGCUGUCUCUAGAGACCUAUACGCGCGACCAGGUGAUCAGUGUCUUCACCGAUAGCCUAAAACUUGUAUGGAUUGUGGCAGUCGUUAUUGCAGGUGUCUCGUUCUUUGCUAUAUUUGUUGAACGCGAAAUUGGUCUUAGAGAUGACCUGAAUACCUCAUAUGGGUUAACCGAGAAGACGGAUGAACUUCAGGGUUGA